AUGGAUACAUCAUUGCAAAGUAACCCUUUUAUAAAGCCCAAAACAAUGGCUGAGCUUUUACCAGGACUACGUAGUAUUUUAAACGAAGAUGGUGUUCGAUCUCUCACGGCUAAGAAAAAGCCACGAGCCACUAUAGCUGAAACCCGAACAGCUGAAAAGGUGUUCAAACCAUUAACGAUAGCUGAAAUGAGAGCGAAUAUUGUUUCACUCCUCAAUUCUCCGAAGAGAAAUGUUCAACCGAACACUUCAACUAAGAAAAGGAAUUGGAACUCAUCAGUUAAACCUGAAAACAAAACAAAAAGUGUAGUAUCUAACAGUCAAACAAAACACAGUUCUGUAAGAAAAGUUCUCAAUUUUCAACCGAAAAAUAAGCCUGUAACCAAUGUCAGAACAACCCUCAUAAGUUCAGAAACACCAAAAUUUCCAAGACCAGAAAUAAGAGCAAAAAAGUCAUUGAACUUGCAAGCAAAAAAUAGUGUAAGAAUAAGUGGUGUAUACAGAAUACCGCAAGUCAAAAACAAUUUCCCCAUGACACCAUCAUCGAACCUCUCAUUCAAAUCAAAUAGUGAUGCCAGUUUCUUACAAAAUGAGAAAAACAUUAAUGACCAAGUAGAAAAAAAAGCUAGUAAAAUCCCUGAAAGGCCGAUUUUAGAUAAUAUCGCAGAAGCUACACCUCCAAUAUCAACACCAUUCAAAGAGUAUAGAAAUGUUCAAGAAUACUUUAAUGAUACAUGUGGUUUAGAUAAUUCUAUAAAUAACAACACCAUAAUGAACUUCGACAAAGAAUUGAGUCACGAGAACAAUAAAAGGGAAGAGAGUGUGAUUGUGUCUCUAUGUGACAUGCUGAAUAAAGCCGCGGUCACCAGCAUAGAUAGUAAAGAUAUAACAAUCACAGAUAAAACAAACACCGAGCUAAAUGAACUACUCGAAAUAGAGAAACAAACUGAAAAUAAUAUCAGGACAAUAGAAAUGGGCAUCAAAACGUUGAAUGACAUCAAAGAGGCCCAACAGAAAUCAUUACAAAAUGUCAGGAAGUUGAUCAAUGCGAAAAAAAAUAUCAAACCAGUCAAUGAAUGUGAAUCAAAAUCGCCCAAUACAACAAUUGAAACACCAAAUAAACAACAACCUUCAUAUAAAAUACCAAAAAAGAAUACGUGUUUGAGGAAAAAGGUGUUUCGUAAGUCACUGCCAAAUGUUUCAGACGGUAUGCAGACUCCACCCAAAAAUAAUGACAAAGCCCUAGAUAUGUACAUGGAAAUGAAAGAAAAAAUGAAUUUUCUUAACACGCCAUUAGUAAAACGAGAAGUACCUGCUCAAGACACACCAUCAAUCACAUCACAUAAUUUAAAGAAGCAGUUGGAUAAACUGUUUAAUGGAAGCUAA